UAUAAAUAUUGAUGAGCGACGUGAAUUAAUUUUACUUGUCACUCUUCGGCCGAAGCAUGAGACACUAUUUCUUUUUUCUCUGCCUCGUCGGCGCACUAAGCUUCCAUUGCACAGGAACUCCUGUUGUGACGAGUGUGGUUGACUGCGAUCCAAAUCUGACAUUUAUCAAACACGAAGUUGGACAAGCCAGAUUUCCUCCCUCGUCGCAAGCAGUCAGCAGCAGCGUGCAAGUGACUCACGAGGCCCAGCAGCUUGACCCCAACAGAAUUCAACAGACUACUUAUGCAGAAUGCACGCACCUGCCAGGGGUUCCGUCCAACUCGCGGAUUACCUGCAACAUUGCCAGCGGGAGCUGUCAGGCCACCUGUCACGCCAACUACCAGUUUCCCAACGGGGAGAAUUCCAUGUACCUAACCUGCGAGAACGGAAACUGGCGCGUCCAAGGUGCCGACUGGACCACACUACCGCCUUGCAAACCAAUUUGCCAGCUCGAGUGUCAGAACGGUGGCAUCUGCUUGUCGCCCAACAAGUGCCUGUGCCAGCCAGACUUCAGCGGCGCGCAGUGCCAGUUCGAGGACAGGCAAUGCCUCACGUACCCCAAGACGCCCAUGAACUCGAGGAAACAAUGCUCUAUGAGGAACUGUACCAUCAAGUGCCUGAAUGGGGCGCAGUUUCCUGGCGGGCUGACAGAAAUCGACUUUGCAUGCAGGAACGGCGCUUGGAUCUCGACCAACAGCAAUUUCGACGCGCAAAAUAUACCAAACUGCGACACUGUGUGCGAGCCCACUUGCCAGAACGGCGGUCGGUGUCUGUCCUUCAACAGGUGCCUGUGCCCGAAGGAGUACAGGGGGCUGCAGUGCCAAUACAGGAGCGACCGGUGCGCGCUGAGGAACAUGCCAUUCAACGGCAACCGCGAGUGCAACGGCACCAGCGAGUAUUUCACGUGUGCGGUCAGCUGUCCGCAGGGCAUGAGCUUCACCUUUCCGCCAGCCGACCGCUACACGUGCUACUACGAGACCGGCGUCUUCAGCCCCUCCAACGUGCCGCAGUGCCAGUUCGGACAGCGCUACGUCGCCAACAACGCUGCCUAAUUUUAUUUAAACACGAUAGUUUUGUUUAGCUUUAAUUAUUCUGACUGUUCGUUAAUUUAAGUCUUUAAAUUAAAAUUCUGUAAAUUGAA